GCAGCUGCACACGGUCCCUGCGCACCCGGCGGCCGCGGCCCGGUGCGGGAGGGGAAGGGCCGCCAUGGACAGGUUCUCGUGGACAACCGGGCUGCUGGAGCUGGGAGAGACGCUAGUGGUCCAGCAGCGCGGCGUGCGCCUCAGCGACGGGGAGGAGAAGGUGAAAUUUGAUAGUGGAGUUUUACUGCUGAGCACACAUAGACUGAUCUGGAGGGAUCAGAAGAAUCAUGAGUGCUGCAUUGCUGUACCUCUCUCUCAGAUUGUAUUUAUUGAAGAGCAAGCAGCUGGGAUAGGAAAGAGUGCCAAAAUUGUAGUUCAUCUUCAUCCUGCUUCUUCAAACAAAGAGCCUGGUCCAUUCCAAAGCAGCAAAUAUUCCUACAUCAAACUUUCUUUCAAAGAACAUGGGCAGAUUGAGUUCUACAGACGAUUAUCAGAAGAAAUCACACAAAGAAGAUGGGAGAGCAUGCCCACUGGUCAGGCCAUGCAAGUUAACAAGGAUUCACAGGCAGGAAGAAUAAGGGCUGUAGGAAUUGUAGGUAUUGAAAGGAAAUUAGAAGAAAAAAGAAAAGAGACUGACAAAAACAUUUCCGAGGCUUUUGAGGACCUUAGCAAACUAAUGGAGAAGGCUAAGGAAAUGGUGGAAUUAUCCAAGUCAAUAGCUAACAAGAUUAAAGAAAAACAAGGUGACAUCACUGAGGAUGAGACCAUUAGGUUCAAGUCCUAUUUAUUGAGUAUGGGUAUAGCUAAUCCAGUAACGAGGGAAACGUAUGGAUCUGGUACACAGUACCACAUGCAACUGGCAAAGCAACUGGCUGGAAUCCUGCAGACACCCUUAGAGGAGAGAGGGGGGAUCAUGUCUCUUACGGAAGUGUACUGCCUGGUGAAUCGUGCUCGAGGGCUAGAGUUGCUGUCACCAGAAGAUUUAGUAAAUGCUUGUAAAAUGCUGGAAUCACUGAAAUUGCCACUAAGGCUUCGGAUAUUUGAUAGUGGCGUAAUGGUGAUUGAACUCCAGUCUCAUAACGAAGAGGAAAUGGUAGCUGCUGCUUUAGAGACAGUAUCUGAAAAGGGUUCUCUCACAGCUGAUGAGUUUGCUAAGCUGGUGGGGAUGUCUGUUCUCUUAGCCAAAGAAAGGACAUCUUCUUUUGCUUUCUCUAGGCUCCUUCUUGCUGAAAAGAUGGGCCAUCUUUGCAGAGAUGAUUCAGUGGAAGGCUUGAGAUUCUACCCAAAUUUAUUUCUGACACAAAGCUAAUACCAUUUGUGUACAAUUGGUUAUGUAAUAGUUGAACAAGAGAGCAGAGGGCAGAAUCUUUCCAAGAACUGACUUUAAAAAUUUUAUUUCGCUAGUCAACUGCAACAGACAUGAACAUUGCAAUGCUCUUACAGUUCUCAGGUAUUUCAAGUGCUGAAUCCUCUUACUUGGAACUGAAAGGAAAUAGAAAUCACAAAGUCAGAAGCAUGUCUACUGUCUCAAGACAACUCACUCAUUUUUCAAGUUUUAUUUGAUGUUCUGUGUAGUUUCUCAUUUCAAGAGAAGAUACCACACCAGUGAAGAGAAUAUCAUCGUAGAGUGCUGAGGGUCAGCGCCCAGGUUACUACAUACUCCAAUUCCAGUUUGUUUAUGUCUGGAGCAACAAAGCAGACAGAUGUAUCCACGGUGAUAAGAAGCAGGACUUUGGGGUGUACUGAGGUAUAAGGAACAAACUAGUGUAGAAUAACCCUUUCUCUCAGAAGUGAUGAAUAGUUUUCUAGGGGAGGAUCUUGGGGUACUGGAAUUCGAGACAGAAAGAACCUGCUGCAAGAGAGAUUAUAGUAUGUCAUGCAAAUCUAGAAAUUACCAUGUUUAUUUUGUCAUAUCUUAUGCUAAUAUCUCAGAUAGAAGCAUUGUUAGCACAUGCUUCCUCCCUUCUCUUUCCUUGCCAUCUUCCUUCCUGUCCAUUUAUGUUGCACUUUGGGUGCCCUUUUUUUUCUAAAAAAAAACAAACCAGAAGCUGAGUUUUCAGGGCGACACCCUUUCUCUGUCCUCUCUGUAGCAGAGUGGAGCAGCCUCCUGUCACUUUACCAGACUCUGUGCUUUAAUGUGCUUGUAUUUUAUCUUGUUCUUCUAACAAGAGAUCAUUUGUUUGUUUCAUCAGCCUACUACCUGUUUUGGGGAAACAGUUCAUUUGCUUACCUUUCAUAUAUGAAAAUUAAUAUGCUUUUUAUAUUGAAGGGAGAAAGAAGACUAUCACCCUGUGUUCAAUAAUCACAAGGUAUCAUUGGUAUUCCUCACCCUGUGUUCACACUGAAUGCAAUAUAAUAGCCUCGGUUUUCAUAACUCCAGUGGAGUUGCUACACUACUUGAAGAUCUGUCAUGAAAAUAACGUGUUAAGUGGAUGUUUAUGAUCCACAUUACCUGAAUUUUUGGCAUUUUGAAGUGACUAUUUUUAGUAAAUAAAUUCAAGGUAUGGGCAAGGACAGCAUACAGGUAACUGCAUUGUGGUUGUGAUGGCCAGAUCAAUUUUACAGGAGAGGACAAAAAGGCUUUUAAGAUGAGCCUGAAGAUAUUUUCAGAACUAUUUCAGUGUUACCAUAGUAUGAGUUAAGAGCCUGCCAAUAAUUCAGUGCAGAGAUUGCUACAGCAAUCAUGCCUGUGGCUUGUAGGAUAUCCUUUAUAUCCAGGGAAUUGUGUCCUCUUAUCACAAGCUAACUUUCAUGCCAUGCUUUCUUUAAGGCAGUUUUCCUCUGCUCCAUGAGGGUGCUAAAGCUUACAUCUUUGACACGGCUGAAGGAACCAGUUCCACACUCUUAUUACUGUGUUAGUCACCUGGUGUCAUCUCCUCAGGAGCCUUACAGCUUGCUGCUUUCCUUCAUUCUCCCCACAACCCACAGGAGAGAUCCAUGCAGAGUACACCAAGCCCCACACAUCUAAGGAGGUACUGAAAAGUGAGAAAUUUGGAAACAAAAACCUGUUUUGUGACAACUGUCUCUUUUGCCUAAUAAAAACCUGUCAUGAAGGCCAGUGGUUUGUGGGCCUGAACCUCUCCCCACAAGGGGGCACGUCGUGUGCAGGAAGAACAAAAUCUGAGAGGAAAUGCCAAGUGUAAACUGCCAGCCUCUGUUCCUCCAACCCAGAGUGUUUAAUUAUCUUAAUUAAGCAAUAAUAAUACAGCCUAUUUAGAAUGAUGGUACCUUCUCAAGCUUUUCUUUUCCAAGAUUUUUCCUUGACUUUGUUUUUCUUCCAGGCAAGAAGUCUACAGGGUAAAUUGUAUUGCUGGUUUAGAAUUUAAACAGACAAAAGAGAAAAUGGCUACUAGAAAGUAAGAAAGAUUAAAAAAUUUUCUUAAAUA